AUGGCGACGGAGGAGACUCAGCCAGAUCCCUUGCAGGGGCCGGGAGAUCCUUGGAUGACCAAGGAAGCGAUGCAAGAUGGUGCAGAAAAGGCAACAGCGUUGCCACCGAAGAGAGGAGGUGUGGAUAUGCAUCCAUACAACGGGGUAGAAGGAACACCUGGGAAGGGAAGUCCAGCGGGCUUACAAGAAUCCAUGAGUUCAAAUGGGAUUCCCCCAGGGUUCAAGAAAGAGGAUCUUCAUAGCUCAUACAAUAGCAUUCCCACGUCUUUCAUGCCACCUUUUGGAAUGCCAACACACCCUUUUCCCGUUUUCAGUGCCUCCAUUCCUCAAACGGGUUUUGGCACAUUUGCGGGACCAAUGGCUCCCAGUCUGAGUCAGUCAGAUUCAGAAGAGCUGCGGUGGUGGAGGAGUCUUGCCUGGCUCAAAGGCGUAGGCAAAGGACAAGCACCAAAGACUGAGGAACCGUGGUCAGAGGUUCCAACAGAUAGGGUGAAGAAAGAAGAGGAGACACAAGGCACGUCUGGAGGUGGUCGAAGGAAUGCAGGUGGAGAUAGGAGAAGAAGACAGAGUAGAGACUCAGGAGAGAAUGACAAGAGGCAAGAUGAGAUCCCCAGACAGAAGGAGAGAAAAGAAGAUCCCCAAGGACCACCAGAGGGUCCCCCAGAAGAGCCCAAUGAGUCAGAUGACCCGGAAGAGAGCUCCGGUUUCAGUUCAUCAGCCCCCACAACUGAGUUGAGAAGCAUGCUGAGGAGACAGGCGAAGGUCACUCAAGACCGUCCAAGAUCCUCGCUAGGAUCAGUCAAGAUUGAGGAGUUCUAUGGCGAUCGACACAAGUACCUCAAGUGGAAGAAGGCGGUACAAGCGCAAGAGGUUUUGUACCGCCUGGAACCAGAAGAACUCAGCAUGCUGAUCUAUCUCAGCACAAAGAAGGAUGCCAGAGAUGUCUUGGAUCAAAAGCCCAUCCAAGAAUAUACUCGCCCUGGAGGAGUGAGACUCAUCUGGCAUUUGCUGGAUGAGGCGUUUGGCGAAUCAGAGGAGGAGUUGUUUGAACGAGCAGAGCAAGAGUUUGCAACAUACCGGAGGCUUCCUGGCCAGAGCAUUUCCACCUUUCUGGGCCAGCUGAAGAGGCUGAAGGCUCAGUACAUGAGGGUGGACCCAGAGAGCACAAUGUCAGACAGAGCAUGGUCUCAAAGGAUGCUCAACCGAGCAUCCUUGUCACGCCGAGAGAGGCUUGACGUCUUUUUCUCAGCUGGAGGGCGCUACACGUCACAAUCAAUUGAGACUGCACUACGACAUCGAUGCGGCCGAAUCCAUGAGGAAGAGAGAAAGCUUCCCAGCUAUGGCUUUUCCAGAACUCCAGGAGCUAAGCCAUACUACAAGAGGUCACAACAGCACAGCAGGGGCGCGACAAAGAACAAGAGGCCAGAGAAGAAGACCUUCUAUGAGGACAAAGACGCAGAAGAAGAAGAGGAGGCAGAGGAAGAUUUGGAGGCAGAAGAGGAUCCCUAUCGGGAGCACAUAAAUGACACAGGCGACACGCAAGAGGUCCUGAUGGAGAUCCGUGAAGAAGACGUAGAUGAAGACGAGGAAGAUGAAGAGAGCUUUCAGGAUGAUGAUUUGAAGGAAGCAUGUGCAGCAGGAUGGAGGGCUAAAAGCCAACAGAAUGAGAAGAAGAAAUACCGAGGAUGGAAGACAACAAACAGAAGCUCCACAGGAGGCACUGGGAAUUCCAUCUCACCAGACAAGAGGAAGAUCAACUCCACCUGCUCGUCAUGCGGAGAGAGAGGGCAUUGGAGAGGAGAUCCCCAAUGUAAGAACGUCCAGACAGGCAAAGACAAGCCUCAUAAGAAGAAAGAAGGUUCGGGCUCAGGUGACGGAGGAGGGGCAGUGCACUUCACGUAUGUGGUGACAACGACAAAGAAGGUGAAGACUGAGGUAGAAGAGGAGAAGACCACCACACAAGAGGAGCCAGGAAGAUGCACUAACCCAGAUUGCCGAGGCAGGUUGAGGACACAAGACAGGUUUUGCCCAGCCUGUGGCAUGAGAGUCGCAGGAGACCUGAGCAUGAGAGAGAAGAGAGGUUGGGAGGUCAUCAAGGAAGACGAAGAGGCAGAUCAGGGUAGCUCAGCAGGUAUUCUGGAGGUUCUGUCAUCAGGAGAUGAGGAACAGCCUCCAGAGUUCAGGUAUGAGAUCAGCAGAAGCCAGCUGAAAGAGAUGCUGCGCACCACACCGAAACCAGAAGACGGAAGGUCUAAGGUGAAACUGAAGCCUGAAGAAGUCUUGGCGGCUCUACCCAACAUGUCACGCUCCGAGAAGAAGGAGCUCAGAAGACAACUACAAGAAGGUGAAGAGGAUCGGGCAUGGAGGACCUAUAGCCGGUAUCGAGAGGUUGACGGCAUAGGCGUGGAUGAAAGAGGAAGACCUUCAGGAGCAUCAGGAAGUGGCUAUCAGCCUGACGAGCAAGCACCGAUAAGGCCGAAGGCAAGAUCUAAAAAGGAAGAGUUGCCGAAGGCGGUGAAGACAAGACAGUUGGACAAGUUCCGGAGGGGACUGUAUGAAGACCAGCUCCAGGGGGACCGCCUCGUUCCAUCCACAUGUGCACCAACACCCACAACAGCACAAGCCAGGUGUCACCACCCCUUUGAGUCCAUCCGUUGGAGUGCCAAUGCGGAUGGCCACUAUGGCAGGUGCAAGGCAUGCGACCUACGGCAUGUCAUCUACUUCAGUGAGCGACAUGGCGCACUGGUAGCAACUACAGCACAACAACCAGCAGCCAUAGCAGACAGCGGCUGCAGGUGUGCAGUUGCUGGGCAAGCCUGGCACACAGCAAUGCAAGAGGAGCUCAAGAGGAAAGGAAUGACCUGGCAUGAGGAGAAGGAAUCUGAGACAUUCAGAUUCGGGUCUGGUGACCCUGAAACAAGCAACACAGCAUACAUCUACCCAGUAGGCAUAUACGGCAAGAACGAUCUUGCGGUGCCCUCCACUGCCCUGGACUGGUGGGGCCAAGUGAGCUCUCAAGAUGGGGAGCGGCCCAUGAAGCUCACAUACACCCGACAUCCGGCCAUCGACCUGAUGGAGUACCAACCAGGUACAGAAGGAGCACAAUUCUGGACGGAUGCAUCCAUCCAGAGCCAACUCAGGACCCUAAAGUCCAAACCACACGCCUGGGCUUUCGUGGCCGAGGAACACAAGCACACAGAUGAUGAGGAGGCCAGCACGGACACGGAGGUGGAAGAAGAAGAGGAUGAUGAAGACAUGGGCACCAGGAAAAGGAUGAUGAGAAAGUGGAUGGCAAAGCUGGAUGAACACCUGCACAGUUUACCGGGCAAGACUCUGAACCUCGAGGAAUCAGAAGAGGAAGAGAGCUCCGGCGUCAGCUCAGAUGGAACUGUCACUUCCCAUGAGUUUGGAAUAGAGCCAUGGGAGACUGAUGAAGAUACAGAUGAAGAAGAGCUGAUGGAAGAACAGGUGUAUCAUCAGAAGCAGAUGAGUAAGCACGAGAAGAGGGCUUUAGGCCACAACACAACAGUGCUUCGAGAUGUAUUGCAGGUAGAAAAGAAAGGAAAGAAGAAGGAUAAGAAGAAAGAUGCGGCAAAGCCGAAGGCCCCAGUCAGGAAAGGUGGACCAUGGCGGGUCUUAGAAGUCUUCACGUGGUCUUGUAUGGUUUCAAUGGUAGCAGUAAAAAGAGGAUGGCAAAUGCUGGAGCCAGUCACGCUCCCACACUGGGAUCUACUUGAUCCAGCACAACGAGAGCAAGCACAUCGAUACAUCGAUGAAGCAGCACCAGACCUUUUGGUCAUAGCAUGGCCAUGCAGGCUGUGGAGCCCAAUACAAGCACUCAACUACAAGACCACGGAAGAGAAGGAGAUACUGGGUGCACUGAGGCAAGAAGAAAGACCGCUUUUGGACUUUGUGAAAGAAGCCGCUCAGAAACAAAGAGCCCGAGGAGGAGCGGUUAUGGGCGAGAAUCCAAAGCGUUCAAAGGCUUGGAAAGAACCGCCCAUUCAAGAUGCAUUUGAAGGACUGCCCCAUGUAGACACAGACAUGUGCGCUCACGGGCUCCGAAGACCCGACAAUGGAUGCCCAGUGAGGAAGCCUACACGCCUAGCCGGCACUCCAGAGAUAAUGAGGAGAUGUGCCAAAACAUGCAACUGCAAGCAGCAGCACGCACCAUGCAUGGGAGCAGUGAAGAUUGAUGGAAGGUGGCAAAGCAUUGCCGCCUAUGCAGGAGGAUAUACACGACAAUUUGCCACUCGGGUGGUAGAAGGUGCAGAAGAAUACCUGAGAGGGACAAGAAGAUAUGCAAGGUGGGCCACAUCAGAGCAUCUGCCCGAAGAAAGGUUUGUAGCAGUAGAUGACUGGGACGGCGCCGAUAUAGAAGAGGAGUUUCGGUCGCCAAGACAAGAACAAGAACAAGGAGAGACACAGGAGACAGAACCCAGAGAGGAAGAAGAAACAGACCAGGAAGAGGCAGUGCCAAAGAGAGAAGAAGCACCUGAAGAUGAUAGAAGGAGACGUCAAGAGGCCCGGAUUCGGGCCAGAGAACAGAUGGCAGAAGAUGCCGGAGAGGCAAGAAGAGAAGACUUAGAGAAAAUCAGGAGAAUUCACAGCAGGAUGGGACACCCGUCAAAGGAAGCAUUGAGGAGGAUGAUGAAGCUGGCGGGUGUACCCAAGAGGGUGGUUGACACGUUGGAGAAGUUCCAAUGUCCAACAUGCGACAAGAUGCAACCCCCAUCACGACCAAGACCACAGAGGUCUGAUUUGAGACCGACAGUCUUCAAUGAAUCCCUGCAUGUGGAUCUCAAAUAUGCAAAGGAUGUGAAGAAACAAUUGUAUGUAGCUCUCUCAAUGGUAGACGCAGCAACAAACUACCAUCAAGCAGCCCUACUGAAGACAAGAGACCCCAGGCAUGUAGCUGAACACAUGCUUCUAAGAUGGUUCUCCAUGUACGGAACGCCAAGGGAGAUUGUCUUAGAUCAAGGAGGAGAGUUUGAAACAGAAUUCAUCAGCGUUCUGGAAGAACAUGGGGUACUGUCCAAGGUUUCAGGGGCGUAUGCCCCAUGGCAGAACUCAUUUGCCGAACGACACGGGGCAAUACUCGGCGUUGCUUGGAACGCUUUGAUUGUGGAACACCAAGUCACCGACAGGAAAGGGAUGAAGACAACCCUCCUGUGCGCCAUACAGGCGAAAAACCAGACGGUGACACGGCGAGGGUACUCAGCAGAGACCCUGGUCUAUGGAAGAAACUCCAAUUUUCCAGAUUUGCUGGAUGAUGACGCCAUAGACAACACAACACUAGGCCAAGCACUGAGCCUAGACACACAAGUAGCAAAGCAGGCAGAGAUGAGAGCAGCAGCCAAGAGAGCACUCUUGCAUCAAGAUGCACAGCAAAAACUGAAACAGGCAAUACAAAGAAAACCUGGCAAUCAGGUGAGAGAAUAUUUGCCAGGUGAGAAGGUGUACUUCUGGGUCCCAGGUGCCAAGAGAGUACGUUACCGAAAGGACGCAGGAGUUUGGAGAGGGCCUGCGUUGGUAAUAGCACGAGAAGGACAACAGAAGUACUUCAUAUCCUGGAGAGGAAGAUGCUUGCUGGUAGCAGCCACAAAUCUCCGACCAGGAACGGUAGAAGAAGCCGAAGAUGUGGCGGCUAAAGAAGAAGAGGUGAGACAGUUUGAUGAGCAGAUGCAGACACAGAAGACAAUAGAGGAGAUUCAGAAGGCAGAGCCCCCUGAUGAGGAAGGGGAUGGAGAGAAAUGGAAGACAGAAGGAGAGGUUUUGAGGAGGUCAGACACAGGAAGCACCAAGGAAAGAGCAAAGGCCAUGAUGAGAGGCCUGAAGACAGUCAGGAAAGCACUUGAGGAACCCAGGUUAAGACGAGAAUACAGGAAAAGAAGAAAGGCUGUAGAGCCAGCACGAGAGGAGCAAGAAGAGACACCAGCCGAAGCAGAGACAAAAGAAGAAGAAGAAGUGUGGAAAGGCAUUCACGAGGCUGAAGAAAGAUAUGCCAGAGAAGAUGAGAAGAGAAUCCGACGGAUUACAGAACAGAGAAAGACCCUGCUAGAUGAUGUACCUGAGUGCAUGAAGAGGAGAAGAGUAGGAGAAGUAGAUGAGCAGCAGGUACAACAGAGGUUGACUCAGGGGGUCUUUACGUAUGUCCAGAACGUGGUCAUGGAGGAAGAGAUUCAAGAAAUGAUGGCAAAGAAGGCACAACAGCAGAUACAAGAGAGACCAGGCUGGCGGAAGAAUGAAUGGAUGAAAAGAGAGGAGGUAGCAGAGUUGGCUAGAUUGCUGGAUUUGCCAAUUUCAGCCGUGAGGAUACAUCGACAGCCUAGAAAGAGGCUACAUCCACCGCCAGCCGGAAAGAGAAGAUCACGUGUGACAGUCAUGCUUCUCGAGCAACAAGGGGAAGCGAUGGUUCUCACCGAGAAUCAAGAAAAGACAGAGAAAAAUAAGAAGACAAAAACCCCCAUGAGCUGGAGAGGAAUGACACUUUUCCUGAAGACAGGAAGAGAAAAAGAAGAAGAGAAGAAAGAAAAACAGGCAUACAUACAGAUUGGCGAUGAGGUGUUCGCCACUCCCUAUGAGGAUUCAGCCCUCUGGCAAGCCUUUGUCAGAAGAGAGGAGGAGAUGAAGGUUGCGGCAGAGGCACUUCUUUUGAAGAUGAAGGCAUCAGGUAAGGAGUUGGAUCCCAGGUUCUUUGACGAGGCAGAAAAGGCUGCUUUCAGAGAGAGUGAUAAGAAGGAAUGGGAGUCCUGGGUAAAGAACUCAGUGCUCCAAAGACUCACUGCCAAAGAGGCUGCAAAAGUUCCAAAGAAUCAGAUCUUCAAGGCCCCUCUUAGAAUGGUCAGGGUCAACAAGGGCAAGGAUGACACAGACCUCAAGCCGAAGAGCAGGCUUGUGAUUCCGGGGCAUUUAGACCCGGAGCUCGGGGGCUACAGAACAGAUAGCCCAACCACCAUGCCAUGCGCUGUGCGACUCUUGAAAACCCUGAUCGUCUGCAAAAAGUGGUCAGCGUGGAUUUUCGAUGUUGCUACGGCCUUCCUCAGUGGAAAUAAGACAGAGAGAACAGUACAUGUGAGAGCACCACCAGAAGGCUUACCAGAAGUAGAAGGAAUGUCCAAGAUUCGUCCUCACGAAUUACUACGAGUGAUCAAAGGAGCAUAUGGACUGGCUGAAGCACCACGAUUGUGGUACUUGAGAGCCUCCGAACUUUUGGAAAAAGCCAACAUGCAAGAGCUCAAGUUUUGCCGUUCCACCUAUGUGUUAUUGAAUCAGUCUGGAGCUGUUGUAGCAGUUUGCUGCAUGCACGUAGAUGAUGGCUUCAUAGCAGGUGACCAUGGAGAUCCAGAAUUCCAGCGUCUGCUAAAGGCCAUCGACGCUGAUUUCAACAUCAAGGAGUGGCAAAAGCUUGGCAAAAGGCCGGUGAGUUAUCUCGGCAUGACUGUGACGUACGACGAAGAAAGAGGCAUCAUCAUAGAUGACAUGACUGAAUACAUCAAUAAAAUUCAGUCAGCAGAGAUCAAGGGUAUCAAAAUGGAGGAAAAAUUGAGUGAGAAUGAUGUCACGAGAUAUCGGAGACUCGUGAUGCAAAUGAGAUGGCCUGCACAGCAUGUUGUUCCGGAGCUCAUGAGCACUAUCAGUCUUCUAGCGCAAAGAACUACGAGAGCCACGUAUGCAGAUCUGAAGAAAGCAAACAGUGUUCUGGAGCAAAUGAAACUCAUAGCUGGAAAUGGCCAAGCCAAGAUCACAUAUCACAGGAUUCCUGAUGAUCCCAUGUUCAUCACCUUCUUUGAUGCCUCAUUAGGAAAGAGCACCAUGCAGUCCGCACAGUUAGGUGAAAUUCAUUUUCUCACAAGCGAGAAAGCAAAAGUGGAGCCAUCGAAAGCCAAUAUCGUCGAGUACCAUAGCAACAAGAUCAGCCGAGUGGUGAAAAGUUCAUUGGCCGCUGAGGGGUGUGCCAUGACAGCCGGUGCUGAUCAUCAACUUUUCUUUCGUUUACUUUGGGAUGCAUUGUACAGCGGUAAGUUGACAGUAGGUUCCAAUUGGAGAGCGGAUUUGAUUUCAAAGGGCGCUCUGGUAACGGACGCCAAAAGUUUGUUUGACCACUGCCACAAGGUUGGUCACAUGGCAGCUGAACGUCAGACUGCCUUAGAUAUUCUUUCAGUCAAGUUGGCUAUUCAGGAUGGUCUUUUAGAGCUGUUUUGGACUCCAACUUUCAAACAAAUAGCAGAUCCACUCACGAAAGAAAUGGACUUUGAAUUGAUUACAGAGUGGAAAAGAUCUGGCAAAAUUUGCUUGGUCAGUACAGAAAACGAUUUGCAGGAAGAACAGAAGAGGGCAAACAUUAGAAGGGGACAAAGAGAACGCAGAAACGCACGUAUGAAAAAGGCCAACACUUCUUUACCCCUGUGUUGA